AUGAGUGUGGAAUCUGACGACGAUGAGGAAGAGACUGAGCAAACCAGCCGCCCGUACAUGACGCUGCUACAAAGCUUGCAAGAGUCCAGCGCCCCCAAUGCGAAGCGUCGCAAAUUAGAUCACGGCACAGAAGACGCAGAAGCUAGUGACUCAGACGAAGAGAGCGAGCACAGCGAUGAGGAAAAAAGUGCUCAGGAUGCCGACCUAGUAGAAGAAGAAGAAGAAGAGGAAGAGGAAGAGGUCCUACAAGCAGGCGAAGACGAAGAAGACUCAGAGGAUGAAGGUGAAUCCUUGGACCCCUUUGACGUGCACUUCGCGCAUCCAGACGAAACCAGCUCAGCCAAGGCUGUGAAUGCAGUCAAAAGCGAUGAGUGGAAGACAGAGAGAAGGAUUCUGGGGCCGCUCAGGGCUACUGUGCAGUCUGCCGGCUCUGAUAGCACAUUCUCAUUCCUCGACAUGAAAGAUAUCAAGUUGAAGCAGAAACUACAAGAAACCUGCGGCAAGACGCUUUCUGGACUUGACGAAGCACAAAAGCACAUUGCUUCUCUCCUUUUCAACUACCAAGAUGUAUUGUACUGCGACCGCAACGUCGACAAUGCUGAAACUUUGCGCCGGCUGGUGUGCAGCCAUGCGCUGAAUCACAUUUUCAAGACACGAGACCGGGUAAUCAAAAAUAACCACAAGCUUGCCAAAGACGCCGAAACAGAGCAAGAAUUCAGAGAUCAGGGCUUCACGCGCCCCAAGGUGCUAUUCCUUCUGCCAACGCGCAACUCGUGCGCAAACAUGGUACGCACGAUCCGAGAUCUCUGCAAGCCCGACCAGGAGGAGAACCGCAAGCGGUUCGACGAGUCGUACAUUACCAAGGACAACAUCUUUGGCGCCGACAGACCUGCCGAUUUUCGCGACCUCUUUGAGGGCAACGACGACGACAUGUUUCGCCUCGGCGUCAAGUUUACCCGCAAGACGAUCAAGUACUUUGCGCAGUUCUACAGCUCCGACAUUCUCUUUGCCAGUCCCCUCGGCCUGCGCAUGGCCAUGGGCUCCGAGGAGGACAAGAAGAAGCCUGACUCGGACUUUCUCAGCUCCAUCGAAGUCGUCGUCGUGGACCAGGCCGACGCGCUGCUGAUGCAGAACUGGGAGCACAUCGAGUACAUUUUCGAGCGCCUCAACCUACAGCCCAAGGACGCGCACGGGUGCGACAUUGGCCGCCUGCGGCCCUGGUACCUCGACGACUGGGCGCGCUACUUUCGGCAGACCGUUCUCCUCAGCGGCUUCCACGCGCCCGAGCUCGCGGAGCUGCAGCGCAGCGCGUGCCGCAACUGGGCCGGCAAGGCCCGGCUGCAGCCCGCGUACGACGGCGUGCUGGUGCAGCUGGGCGUCAAGGCGCGGCAGACGUUUUCACGGUUCCAGUCGCACGCGCUCGACGGCGAUCCGGACGCGCGCUUCGCGUACUUUGUGUCGGCCGUCGUGCCCGGCCUGGUCAAGCGCGCCAAGGACGCCGCCGCCCCCGGCGGCACGCUGCUCUUUGUGCCCUCGUACCUUGACUUUGUGCGCGUGCGCAACUACUUUGCCACGUCGGUGACCGUCGCCGCCGUCUCGUUUGGCGCCGUCUCCGAGUACACCGACGUGCCCGAGGCGUCGAGGGCGCGCUCGCACUUUGUGACGGGCCGCCACAAGGUCCUGCUGUACUCGGAGCGCGCGCACCACUUUCGCCGCUUCCAGAUCAAGGGAGUCCAGCGCGUCAUAUUUUACGGCUUGCCGGACAACCCCGUCUUUUACAAGGAAAUCGCGGGCGAGUACCUGAGCAAGAGCGAGCAGGACUUUACCAUUGAGCCCGGCAAGGGCGCCGUCCGGGUUCUCUUCUCCAAGUACGAUGCCAUGAAGCUGGAGCGAGUUGCGGGAUCGAAGAGAGUGGGAAAGAUGUUGCAGGAUCGGGGCGAUACCUUUGAUUUCAUCUAG